UUUGUGUUUUUUCACAUGAGAGUAAUUAAAGCAGCAUUAUCUUUGUGUUCAGGUGGGAAGCCUUUCUUUACUAGGAACCGUUCAGAGCUGAACGGGACCUUCAUCAAUACCAAACUGAAGAAGAGCCGUCGAGGGUUUGGGUUCACCGUUGUUGGAGGGGACGAGCCGGAUGAGUUCUUGCAGAUAAAGAGUUUGGUUCUGGAUGGACCGGCAGCCCUUGAUGGGAAGAUGGAGACAGGGGACGUGAUUGUGAGCGUAAAUGACACCUGCGUGCUGGGCUACACGCACGCCCAAGUGGUGAAGAUCUUUCAGUCCAUCCCGAUCGGCUCCAUGGUCAACUUGGAGCUGUGUCGCGGCUACCCACUGCCUUUCGACCCUGAUGACCCAAACACCAGCUUGGUAACCUCGGUGGCCAUCCUCGAUAACAAAGAUCCCAUCAUCGUCAACGGCCAGGAGGUCACAAGCAGCUACGACUCUCCAUCCAGCCAAGGAAGUCAGAGCACCAACGGCCCAACCAACGGCGGACCGCCUCUCAAUGGCUUCCCCCGACCUCACAGCCCCUCCACCGAGGUGGCCUCCGAUACCUCCUCCCAGCUCGGAUACUCUAGUGACGUGGUAACCCUGGCGUCGUCCAUCGCAACGCAACCAGAACUCAUCACUGUACACAUGGAGAAAGGAGACAAGGGCUUUGGCUUCACUAUCGCGGACAGCCUUGGCGGUGGAGGGCAGCGAGUGAAGCAGAUCGUGGACUACCCUCGCUGCCGUGGCCUUAGGGAGGGGGACAUCAUCAUCGAGGUGAACAAGAGGAAUGUGCAGAGCAUGUCUCACAACCAGGUCGUGGACAUGCUCAGCAAGUUACCGAAAGGCAGCGAGGUCACCAUGCUGCUGCAGAGAGGAGUGGCACCUGCGAAGAAGAGCCCCAAACUGGAUUAUUAUGACCUGUCUCCUCCGUACAGAGAUUACGCUAGGAUGCAAUUGUCAAGGAAGGACAGUCAGAGCAGUUCCCAGCAUAGUGUUUCCAGCCACCGGAGCGCCCACACGGACUCGCCCGUGCACUCGUCUCUGGCGGCCCCCCUCAGCGAGAGCGGCACUCCCCCGGCGCCCUCGCAGCCCUUGCCUGGCCUGCCUUCCCAGGACUCCCAAGGAGACGGGACCACCCACAGAAAACCCGACCCCUUUAAGAUCUGGGCCCAGUCCAGGAGCAUGUAUGAAAGUAGGCUUCCAGACUUCCAGGAGCAGGACAUUUUCCUGUGGAGAAAGGACACGGGCUUCGGCUUCAGGAUCCUUGGAGGCAACGAGCCAGGAGAACCUAUCUACAUCGGCCACAUAGUGAAGUACGGCGCUGCGGAUGAGGACGGCCGCCUCCGAUCCGGAGAUGAACUGAUAUGUGUGGACGGCACAGCGGUGGUGGGCAAGUCGCAUCAAUUGGUGGUGCAGCUGAUGCAGCAGGCUGCCAAGCAGGGCCACGUUAAUCUGACUGUGCGACGUAAAACCAACUACGCAGUUAAAUCAGAGGGAGACGUCCCUCCGUCGCCAGCGUCCUCACACCACAGCAGCACCCAGGCGCCCAGCCUGACGGAGGAUAUGGGCAAGCGCACACCGCAGGGCAGUCAGAACUCCCUCAGCACCGUCAGCUCCGGCAGCGGCUCCACCUCUGGCAUCGGUAGUGGUGGUGGAGGAGGAGGGGGCGCCGGGAUCAGUGGGAACGCUGUGGUCGCCGCCGCAGCUGCAACCACGUCCUCUCAGCCCCCAAAUGGCACCACAAACUCGGCCGCCGUCGCCGCCGUGCAGCCCUACGACGUGGAGAUCCGACGGGGCGAGAACGAAGGCUUCGGUUUCGUCAUCGUGUCGUCGGUGUCGCGGCCCGAAGCGGGCACCACCUUCGCUGGAAAUGCAUGUGUGGCCAUGCCUCACAAAAUAGGCCGCAUCAUCGAGGGGAGCCCGGCGGACCGCUGCGGGAAGCUGAAGGUCGGCGACCGCAUCCUGGCCGUGAACGGGAACUCCAUCACCAACAAGUCCCACUCUGACAUCGUCAACCUCAUCAAGGAGGCCGGGAACACCGUCACGCUGCGAAUCAUUCCCGGAGAUGAGUCAUCAAAUGCGUCUUUGUUGACGAACGCUGAGAAGAUUGCCACCAUAACCACAACUCACACAUCUCAGCAACAGGCGGCACCUGAGGCCAGGACCAACACCAAACCAAAACAGGAGUCUUAUGAGUUUAGUACCCCACCAAACCCUCCUCUGCAGCCCCCCAUCCAGACAGACUCGACUCAGGACUCUGAGUUCUACUCGGUGGACCUGGAGAGAGACAGCAAAGGCUUCGGCUUCAGCCUGCGGGGAGGAAGAGAGUACAACAUGGACCUGUACGUGCUGAGGCUCGCCGAGGAAGGAGCCGCAGUCCGCAACGGGAAAAUGAGGGUCGGAGAUGAAAUCCUGGAGAUCAACGGCGAGAGCACCAAAGGCAUGAAGCACGCGCGGGCCAUCGAGCUCAUCAAGAACGGAGGCAGACGCGUCCAUCUGGUGCUCAAGAGGGGCGACGGCUCCGUGCCUGAAUAUGACGGCAGCCCCAACGACAUCAGCACCGUCGACGCAGUCACAGGGAUACAAAACGCUCCGGAAGUGAGUUCCCUGCCCCUAAAUAAUGCACCAUCAGAGUCCAGCUUACCACCAGAACCCCCACCACAUUCCCGGAGCAAGACAGAGCCGAGCCGCCGCACCAAUGGCACUGGCAACCAUGGCACUGGCAGGCACCAUCGUUCUCAUCACCGUCACCACUCUCCCAGCAAAUCCAAGGCAAAGAAGUCCACAGGGAGGAAAGGGCCUAAGCUGUUAAAGAAGGACAACAAGGAAAAAGAUGGCCAUCGGCACCGAAGCCGCCACCGCUCGCCUCAUAAGGGGCACAGUCGCUCACGCAGUGCAGACAACACCCUGGAAAGCCGCGAUAGAGGUCACCGCAGAGGCCGCUCUCCAGAACGCCGUCAAGGUCAACAUUCUUCAUCAAACCACCGCCACCACUCCCCACGACGCUCGCCGUACCGCUCUCAGCACCGCUCUUACCACCACUCUCCACGACGCUCACCUUACCGCCACAGAUCCCCACCCAGGUACCACUCGCCAACCAGACAUCGCCACCGCUCCUCAGACCCCUACCGUUACGACACCCCUGAGAGACACAACGAGAAGCCGAUGGCAGACGAAGCCGCAAUGUCCGAUAUUCCUCAACCAAGAUUCCCUUUUGAAAACUCCAUCCUGCGGGACUCGCCAGCUCUAGACCGCCUGAACAGAGAUCCCACUCUUUCACUCCCACCACUUCGGAGAGAAGAUCGUCUCUACAGGCAGGACAGCCCUCUGAGAACCUCCUCCAUGGAGAGGGUCUACAGGGGAGACAGACUCCUGAAGGACUUUGCAUCCCGUGACUACAGAGAUGUCACCCUGCCCAGAGUCCGAACCCCCGACUUGGAUUCAUCCUACCAGAAGUACACUUCCCUGUUCAGAGGGCGUACACCUGAGAUGCUGGAGAGGGAUGGGCGCCUUGCCAGUAGAGGCGUCACCCCUGAACCGCGGUACAGAGCUCGUAGCCUGGAACGUGCCAUCUCCCCGCCCAGAAGGGACGACUCUGAAGAUGAAGAAGACGAUGACAUUUUUGUUGCCUCUAAGUUGAGAGAGUACUACAGCACGCUCAAGACCAAGAGCGAUCCCCCACCCAAGCCCGUGAUCCCUGAGCCUAAGAAGACCUACAAGGAUAGUCCCAAAGACCUGAGCAUCUGAUUGGUCAGCUGUCAGCCAAUCAUAGAUACCACCCACACAACACCUCAAGUACUCGCCUCCAUUAUCGGUUCUACAGGAAUGCACCAACUUGUGUUCACGUGCUCACAUAUAAAAAACCUUCUCACACACACAUUAACUACAUAUGCAUUCACACACAAAUUAUGUAACGGUGUUGAGUUACUAACAAAAAGUGAUUCCAAAAUGACUUUUGAAAGCUGUUUUUUUUUCUUUCAUUUUUUUAACUGUAUGUUUUUCUUUCCCUUUUUUUUUGUUGAAGCAUUCUACAUUUACAAAACUUUUUCCAGAAAAUAUAAAAUCUGAAAAAACAAAAACAAAACAAUGAUGUGCCUAAGAGUUCCAUUAACAAGCAGCAUUUUGUUUUUGAUCCUAUAUGUGGCGGGCAUUUUGCGGCCCGCUGUCAGACGAUGAAAUGUACGUACUUUUCCAUGCGGAUCCCAUGGAAGUGCCGCGCGCCUGGAUCACCGCUGCCGGUGCUCCUAACGAUGCUGUGCAUGUCUUUACCGGUUUCAGUGUCUCUUUUUUCUCUUUCUCUACGUCUCUCCUACCUUUGGUCUCUCUCUCUCUGUCUCUGUCUCUCCUUCCAGUGCCACUGUUUUUUAAAACAUUUGACCAGACUAUAGCACAAGCCUGCAUUUGUUUGUAUAUUUUUGACAGUUUGCAGUAUGUGUACAUUCAGAGGUGAUCAUUUUAAAUGAAUGAAGGGAAAAUUAAAAGUUAAACUAUGAUGACGAUG